AUGGCUGCAUCCCUCACCCGGCUGGCCGGCCGCAGUGCCAAACGCCUCUGCUUGCGACCCGCGCUCCCGCUAUCACCACGAGCUCCUAUACGUGCCUUCUCAGCUGCCCCCUCUCUGAGGUCUCCUGAGCCAUACCAAGGGACGAGGCUGAUUCCGACCAACGAGCACUUCGCCCACCCCACCGACCCCUACGACACGCAACACAUCAAUGUGGUUCCCGAAGAAUCAACAUCCGACGAGUCUGCUGUCGAGAACAGAAAGAUCCGGCAUUACACUGUCAACUUUGGUCCCCAGCACCCUGCCGCUCACGGUGUGUUGCGAUUGAUUCUCGAGCUUAAUGGAGAGGAGAUCGUGCGAUCGGAUCCUCAUGUGGGACUGCUGCAUCGCGGCACAGAAAAGUUGAUCGAAUACAAGACCUACAUCCAAGCCUUACCUUACUUCGACCGAUUGGACUAUGUCUCUAUGAUGACCAACGAGCAGUGCUUCUCUCUGGCAGUGGAGAAGCUUCUGAACAUCGAGAUUCCGGAGCGUGCAAAGUGGAUCCGAACAAUGUUUGGAGAGAUUACCCGAAUUCUGAACCAUUUGAUGUCUGUCCUGUCUCACGCAAUGGAUGUUGGUGCACUUACGCCUUUCUUGUGGGGCUUCGAGGAGCGUGAGAAGCUUAUGGAAUUCUAUGAAAGAGUGUCCGGAGCCCGUCUCCACGCUGCCUAUGUCCGACCUGGUGGUGUCCAUCAGGAUCUCCCUGUCGGCCUUCUGGAUGAUAUCUAUCAAUGGGCUACCCAGUUUGCAGACCGUAUCGAUGAGACCGAAGAACUGCUGACCGACAACCGUAUUUGGAUUGGACGCACGAAGGGAGUUGGAGUUGUCUCUGCUGCAGAUGCCCUCAACCUUUCCUUCACUGGUGUUAUGCUUCGCGGUUCUGGUGUUCCAUGGGAUGUUCGAAAGAGCCAGCCUUAUGAUGCUUAUGGCGAAGUUGAAUUUGAUGUCCCUGUUGGCGUCAAUGGCGAUUGCUACGACAGAUACCUUUGCCGAAUGGAAGAAUUCCGACAAUCGCUCCGGAUUAUCCACCAAUGUCUGAACAAGAUGCCUCCUGGACCAGUCCGCGUCGAGGACUACAAGAUCUCCCCACCCCCACGAGCCGCCAUGAAGGAGAACAUGGAAGCCUUGAUUCACCACUUUUUGCUGUUUACCAAGGGCUACACCGUGCCCCCUGGAGAAACUUAUUCUGCUAUCGAGGCACCGAAGGGAGAGAUGGGCGUUUUCGUCGUCAGCGAUGGAAGUGAGAGACCAUACCGAUGCAAGAUCCGAGCACCAGGUUUUGCUCAUCUCGGAGGAUUCGACCAGAUUUCGAGAGGACACUUGUUGGCAGAUGCGGUCGCCAUCAUUGGUACUAUGGAUUUGGUUUUCGGUGAAGUAGAUCGGUAA